AUGGUCAUAGAAAUUCAGCCUACUUGGAAAAUGUAUUUUGAUGGCAUUGCACAUCGUGAAGGAGCUGGCGCUGGAAUAGUGUUUAUCACUUCUCAAGGAGAAGUUUUGCCAUAUUCUUUCACUUUGACACAACGGUGCUCCAAUAAUGUUGCUGAAUAUCAAGCGCUCAUACUUGGGCUUGAAAUGGCUGUGGAUAUCAAACAAUUGCAAUUACAAGUAUUUGGAGACUCCAAAUUAGUGAUCAAUCAGAUUUUGGGUAGCUAUGAGGUUAAGAAGCCAGAAUUGGUGCUAUAUCACAAAUAUGCUCAAAGAUUGGUAAGUUGGCUUGGAGAGGUAACUUUUCAACACGUGCCGAGAAAGAAAAAUAAGAGAGCUGAUGCAUUAGCAGCCUUAGCUUCUACAUUAUCUUUGCCUGGUCAGACACAAGUCGUUGUUUGCCAAGGAUGGGUAGUUCCUCCACCAAAUGACUAUGAGGAAGAAGAAAGCGAAGCUGAGAAUAUUCUGUUCUUAAGGCGAUCAUUUGAUGGAGUGCUCCUACGUUGUUUGGGGACUGAUGAAUCCCUUCAAGCAUUGCAAGAGGCACACUCUGGAGUAUGUGGUGAGCAUAAAUCUGGGCCAAAACUUCAUUUUCACAUAAAAAUAAUGGGGUAUUAUUGGCCAACCAUGGUGAAAGAUUGUUUGGAUUAUGCUCGGAGGUGUAAAGCUUGCCAAUUCCAUGCUAACUUCAUACAUCAACCACUGGAAGUAUUACACCCAACUGUUGCUUCUUGGCCAUUUGAUGCUUGGGGUUUAGAUGUUGUUGGUCCAUUGCCAAAGUCUUCUGGUGGACAUUUAUAUAUUUUGGCCGCAACUGAUUACUUCUCGAAGUGGGCUGAAGCUGUUUCUCUUAAGGAAGUAAAGAAGGAAAAUGUGGCUAACUUCAUCCGAGUUAAUAUUAUCUAUCGCUUUGGCAUUCCUCGAUAUAUAUUGACAGACAAUGGUAAGCCAUUUGAUAACAAGUUGAUGAAUAAAAUAUGUGAUCUUUUUGGCUUCAAGCAAUGCAAUUCCUCCAUGUAUUAUGCUGCUGCCAAUGGACUUGCUGAAGCAUUUAACAAGAUGCUCUGCAACUUGUUGAAAAAGGCUGUCUCUAAGUCUAAGAGAGAUUGGCAUGAAAGGAUAUAA